AUGCAGCUCACUCUCACAUCCGCUCUUCUCAUGGCCGGCGUGGCCUCGGCCCAGAUGUCCUCUUCGGCCUCACCCUCGUCCGCCCCGGCGACCUACACUCCUAUCACUUCUACUGUUGCCAUUCCCUCUUUCUCUAUUCCUCCCACUUCGGUUUUCCAGAGCCGCCUGUCAGCAAUUCCUACCUCUUCUUACUCCGCUAUCUCGGCUGCCGACUCUUCCGCCGCAGCUAGCGCCGUGAACACCGACGAUUACGACUGCGUCUACCGUGGCUGGGGCUGUGACUGGAUCAAGUCCGAGUACGGCUACGGGUCCGACUACUGCGGAUCCUCUCCCUUCAAGGCCGGUCAGCAGCUGUCUGACGGCAACCAGAUCGUUGCUGUCUCCUCAGACGGCUCUGGCGACUGCGCUUCCAAGGCGGGAAGUAAGUGCUGCAAGGUCCUUGCCGACUCGCCCUGCAAGCAUGGCGAGAAGUACCUUGAGUGCACUAAGCCUUGA